AUGAAAAAAGCUAAAAGAAUAACAAUAUCUCGAUCAAGUGAUUAUUCAGGUGGUGGUUUUGGUUUUACACUUCGUCAUUUUGUUAUUUAUCCACCAUCAGUUUCUGUUAAUGACCUACUCCAGCAUCGUCUGGUUCUUUUUAUUCUAGAUAAUGUCGAAGACGAUGGAAAAACAAUUGGAAACAUUCAUAAUGAAAAUCUUCAAUCAACAGAUACAAUUUUUGUUAAAGAAGUUCGUUCGGAUAGUCCUGCUUAUAAAGCUGGUUUAAGACCAGGUGAUAGAAUAUUAUCUGUUAAUGAUCAAUCAAUUCGUGGAAAAACUUAUUCACAAGUUAUUGCUAUUAUUCAAAAUACUCCUAAUGAUCUUACACUUAAUGUUAUAUCAAAUGAAGAUGACACAAUUUCUCAUAAUUCAAAUGAAUCACGUUUAUCAUUAAAUCGUUCAUCAUCAUAUCGUCCUUCAACAACAAAUAUGUCAAAAAAUACAAUUGAACAAAAAUUACGUAAUUUACAAAUAAAUUUAGCUCAAGGUCGAACACAAGAAGAACUUGCACAAGCUGGAAUUUAUUUUCCUUCCCAAUCUUCUUCUUCAUCAACACAAAAUAUAUUUUCAAAUUAUAUUGAUUCAGUUCAUAAAGCAUUAGAUUCAUCUAAACAAACAUCAAAAGAAGAUUCAACAUCUUAUUAUGAAUCUCCUUAUCAUAAUGAAUAUAUACCUUAUGAUUAUAAAAGUUCAACAUCAUUUCAAAAAAAUUUAAAUUCAUCAUAUUUACCAUUAGUUAAUUCAUCAUCAAAUAUUUCAUCACAAGAACAAAAUCAAUGGACAUGUCCAAUAACAUCUCAACAAGAAUUAAAAUCUCCAUCAUCAGAUUCAUUAAUAAAUGAUAAAAGUUCAAUUAAUGAAAAUGAUAUGAAAACAGAAUUUGUUAAUUUUCGUAAAAAACAAUUUGAAACAGGACAUGUUGAAAAUUUAGUUCAUGAUACACAACGUGAAUCAAAAACAAAAAUUUAUUCUGAAAAGAAAAAAUAUGAAAAUGAAUGGAAUCGUUUAACAGCUGUUGCUGAUGUUGAAUCUGUUAUGAAACGUGCAGCACAUUUUGAAGAUAUUGAUCCUGAUAAAUUUGCUAGAUUAAAAUCUAAACUUCCAACUUCACCAUUAUCACAAGAAGGUUCAACAUUUCAAGAUGAAUUUUUAUAUGAUAUUCAUCCAAAUCAAAUCAUUUCUUAUGAUCAACAAUCACAAACACCAUUUAAAAUGGUUAAACCAAUAUCAACAACAUUUGAUAGAAAUUAUUCAAUUUCAAGAGCUGAUGAAAUGAAUAGAAUUGAAUAUAAUUAUGAUCCUCAAUAUAUGAUUGAAUCACUAAAAGGAAAUCAAUCUGAAACAACACCAACAAAAUCUUCAUCUCAUUAUUCUCCAUUAACAACAAAUGAAAAUCAACGAUAUUCAUUAAAUAAUUAUCCAGCAACAUCUUCAUCACGUGUUGGUGGAGUUAAUUUAAUUCGUCAAGAUUCUUAUAUAACAGCUGUACGAUCAGAUCAUCAAAAUGAACAAGAUAAUUUUGUUAAUUUGCAUGCUUUUGAUCAGCUUAUUUUUUCCUUCAACCCUGAAACACCUAUUCUUCGACGCAAAGCAUCUCAAUAUGGUAGAACAUUGGAAACAUCAGAACCAGAAUUAAAACAACGUCGAACAUCAUAUUUAAUUGCAACUGAUCAACGAGUAGGAGCAAAUCAAGGAGGUUAUGUUCCUUCAGAUUUUGUUAGAACGAAUAAAAAUGAUAAUUAUUCUUAUGAUAUUCAUCAUCAACAACAACAACAACAACAACAACAACAACAACAGAAAUUAAGAAAUGCAUCACAAAAUCAAACUCAAGCAAUUAAAAUAUUAAAGAAUUUUUUUGGUGAAGGAACUCCAGAAGUAGCUCGUGCACUUGAUCAACGUUCCUUAUUAUCUUCUCCAUCAUUAUCAAUUAAUCAAUCAAAAUCUACUUCUUAUUUUAAUAAUAAUUCAACAACGAAUCAACCAGAAUCAAUAUCAUUAACAACAAUGACUGAUAAUAUAGAACCAUCGAAAGAAGGAAUACUUUAUUGUAAAACUGUAUUAAAAGAAGGUCGUCGUGCACCUGAUCGUUCAUGGCGUGGAGCUUGGGCUGUACUUAGACGUGGUGCUUUAUUUCUUGGAAAAGAAAAAAAACAUGGAUUAUUAAUUCCACUUUCAUGUGAUUCAUUUCCAAUUAGUCUUCAAAAUGCUGAUGUAGAAUUAGCAAAUGAUUAUAUUAAAAAACCAAGAGUUUUUAAAUUAAUAACAGCAAAUCAAAGUGAAUUUUUAUUUCAAGCACCAGAUUUACAAUCUUUAGCAGAAUGGUUAGAUGCUAUCAAAGAUAAUUGUAUAUCAUCCCAAUUAGAACAAAAUAAACAACAAUUAAUUAUUAAUAAGAAAGAUAAAUCUCAAAGAAAAAGUACUUCAUCAUUACCACCAAUUGCACCUACUCAUCAUUCUACCAGUGAACAAGAUUUAAGACGUCGAACUGAUAAUCAACAUAAAUUGACUCCAUCAAGUGGACCAAAAUCAAAAAGUUCACAUCGAAGUCCAUCAUUAAAACGUUCACCUAGUCUUCGUUUUCGUAAAUCUCAAAAAUCUACAAUAACUCAACCAACUCAAUCCACAUCAUCAUUAAGUGCAUUAAAUUCUUCAUCAAAUGUUUCUCCUCGUCGUUCAUUUGUUAAAUCAAUUGUAAAAAAAGGUCUUCGAACAUUAAAAUCUUCUUCAUCAUUAUUAACAAGUCAAAUGAGUGGACAAAUUUAUGAUGAAAGUAGUGGAGAAUCAUUAUCAUCAACAACAGGUGCUUGUACACUUUCACAUGGAAUUAAUUUUGGUAUUGAAUUAGAAGAAUGUGAAUUAUCAUCAAUAUCACGUUAUAUUCCAAUUGUUGUUGAAAUCUUAACACGUCUUGUUGAAUUACGUGGAAUUAAUUGUCAAGGAAUUUAUAGACAUGCUGGAGGUUUAACAGCUGUUAAUUGGCUUGUUCAGGAAUUAGAUAAAGGAGCUGAAAAUAUUGAUUUUAAUUCUGAAAAAUGGUAUGAUGUUAAAGCUGUUGCAUCAACAUUAAAAACAUUUUUUGCUAAAUUACCUGAUUCACUUUUAUCAUCAAUUGAAUUAAAACUACUUGUUGUUCAAUUAGAUGAUUAUCGAUUUGAAACAUUAAAAUAUUUAUGUGCUCAUUUCAGAAGAGUUGCUUCUAAAUGUCAUAUUAAUAAGAUUGAUGCAAGAAAUUUAGCAAUUAUAUUUGGACCAACAUUAAUUUGGGAUUCAAAAGCAUCGUUACAAUCAAAUCUUGUUGAUAAUCCAGAAAAAAUUAGAAUUAUUGAAUCAUUUAUUUUAUAUGUAUGUUUAUUGUUUUUAUUAUUUUAA